AUGAAGGCAUUCCUCAUCACGCAUCCGGACCAAGCCCGCGCACUCCUCGUCGCCCACCCGCAGUUCGCCUACGCCCUCUUCCAGGCCCUCCUGCUCAACAAAAUCGUCGAUCCCUCCGUCCUCCAGCGCAUGCUCCAGGCCGUCAUCGCCGGCGGCCCCGGCACGCCCGCCCCCGGCGCCAUAGGCGCACCCGCACAUUACCCCGGCCCGCCACCCACCGGCCCACCCGGCGGGAUGAACCGUCCGCCCGCGCCUCCCCAAGGACCGAACACCAUGUCGCCCUACGGCCAGCCGCCCCCGAUGCACGGCGGCCCUCCGCCGCCGGGCCCGCCGGGCAUGGGCGGGCCGCCGCCGCAGAACAUGUACGCACAGCCCCCGCCGACGAUGCCCCCGCCGUCGGCGUAUGGCGGGUACCGUCCGCCGCCGCCCACCGCGCCACAGGGCCCGCCGCAGGGCAUGCCUCCGCCCGCGCAGGCACAGCCGCCCCCGCCUGGGCCGGCGGCAGCGGGGGCGCCACCAGCUGGGCCUACGGCGGCGGCGAUGCAGAAUAUGCAGAAUAUGGGCAUGGACCCCGCCCAGAAGCAAAUGCUCAUGCAGGUGCUCAGCCUGACGCCCGAGCAGGUCAGCGCGCUACAGCCCUCGGAGCGCGACGCGAUUCAGGCACUGAGAAACCAGUUCAUGGGCGGUAUCCCUUCGUGA